AUGGCGACCGCUACUGCGGCGCCACCGAAGCUGACCGGCCACCCAGCCCUCGAGCAGGCCACCCAGGAGGAGAACACAAACCUCAAGAUUGCGGUAGCUAUCCUUGCUACCGCAGUCGGACUCUUCGUCUUCUUCUUCUUCUUUUGGCCACACAUCCGAUGGUGGCAGAAGGGUAAGGCAGUUGACGCCGAGCAGGGAAUCGAGAUGAACAGACAGGAAAUCACACGUCGCUCUCCUCCCCUCCAGCAGCCCGGUGCCGGUCAAAACGAGCUCCCGGAGCAGCCUCGCGAGGUUGUUCCGCCUCCUCAGCCGGCCCGAGUUGUCGCUCCAACGCAUCAAGACCGGCGCGUGCCGGUGCAGAACGAUCUUCGCCAACAGGUGGGCGGAUCUCACUCCGUUCCGCAGGCAGGCCGAAACCACCAUCACGUCGCUCCCCAGGGAGCGAGUGCAACUUAUGUGCCGAGCCAAGACGACCAAUACUCGGGAUUUUCCGAGGUCGAUCUGGGGCAGAAGACACAGACGGAGAACAGUCGCAAUGAUGAGGCAAACUUUGACACCCUUCUCUCCAGGAUGGGGCCUCUGACCCCGACUUACGGAAGAUCGGCUGCGCAGCGUCGUCAGGAGCGCUACGAUGCUGACAAGCCUCGUGCCAAGGGAUACGACGCGGACACUGGUGAGCGUUUUUACUGA